UCGGGCUGACGGCCAGGAUUAAGCCAUCUGCAGCCUAACAGCGCCACGGCGUUUCUUUGGACUCCAAGCCUCUUGGCCUGGAGACGGUGGGGAGACUCUCCCGAACGGGUCUGGAGUCUGGAGAAAAAGACCCGUCAUUUUCUGCGGGGGUGAGGCCUUGGAAAAAACCUUUUUGUUCAAUCCCAGCCUCGAGGGUGCAUGCCAUCCAUGGCUACCCCUCUGCCUGCUGCAUGAGGCAAACGGGCGACGUUAAAAGCUCCCGCAUCGCCUCCCUGGGCAUGUCUCUUGCCCCAGAAUUCUUUUCCUUCUGUGACCUCUCAUUUGCCUGUCGUCUUUCUUCUGAUCUUCGAUCCCGAUCUGCCCCUCGUUGACCCCCGCCAUGGGUGAGAAGCCUUCCGACCCCGAAGCUCCCAUCGAGGAGACCAACCACCUGGAGUCAUCCGUCUCCAUUGAGAAGGAAAAUGCUGCCGACAUGGCUCGCCAGUGGUCUCGCGACGUGAAGAAGGAUAACCCUGCCCAGGUUUCCGAGAAAACGAAGCAGAAGAACCCUCUGGCCGGUCUAACCCAGGAGGAGCUAUUCCGCGAUGUCGAGGAGUUUGCGCGCGAAAAGAACCUGGAGCAUAUUGUCGAUGAUCUCAGGAAAGGCGCCCUUGUGGCCCAGGACCCGAAGAUCUUCGAGCAGCUCGACUGGUUGUCCGAAAGCGACAAGGAGCUGCUGCGACGCGAGAAGACACAUCGCUGGCACCAGCCCUGGAUGAUGUACUUCAUGACCAUUCUCUGUGCCGGUUCGGCCAUCGUGCAGGGUAUGGACCAAACUGCCGUCAACGGUGCCCAGGAGUUUUACUUUGGUGAGUUUAACAUCACCAAUCGGUGGCAGCAGGGCCUGUUGAACGGUGCGCCGUAUCUCUGCUCGGCCCUCAUCGGAUGUUGGACCACAGCGCCGCUGAAUCGCUGGUUCGGCCGUCGCGGCUGUAUCUUCAUCUCCUGCUUCAUCUCCUUUGCCGCUUCCUUCUGGAUGGCUGCGGCGCACACCUGGUGGAAUCUGCUGCUGGGUCGGUUCCUGCUAGGUUUCGCCGUGGGCGCCAAAUCCACCACCACCCCCGUGUAUGGUGCCGAGUGCGCGCCGGCCAUCAUCCGUGGUGCGCUGGUGAUGAUGUGGCAGAUGUGGACGGCGUUCGGUAUCAUGCUGGGUUAUAUCGCGUCCGUCGCGUUCAUGAAUGUCCACAGCGACAGUCUUGUCGGUUUGAACUGGCGACUGAUGCUGGGAUCCACUGCCAUCCCCCCGAUGGUUGUUUGCGCACAGGUCUAUUUCUGCCCCGAGUCCCCUAGAUGGUACAUGAUGCGAAACCGCUACCAGGACGCAUUCAAUGCACUCUGCCAGCUGCGUCCCUCAACCCUACAGGCCGCGCGAGACCUGUACUAUAUCCACUCGGCCUUGAAGAUUGAAGAGAAGAUGCGCGAGGGCAAGCAGCUCUGGCGGGAGAUGUUUACCGUGCCUCGUAAUCGUCGUGCCGCCCAGUCGUCUUUCUUUGUUAUGUUCAUGCAGCAGUUCUGCGGAGUCAACGCCAUCAUGUACUACUCAUCGUCCAUGUUCAUCGAUGCCGGUCUGGACCGUCGCAUGGCCCUGGUCACGUCGCUGGGCUGCGGCAUCACCAACUGGAUUUUCGCCCUACCCGCCGUUUACACGAUCGACACCUUCGGUCGUCGUAACCUGUUGCUGACCACCUUCCCCCUCAUGUCGCUCUUCCUGCUCUUCACCGGCUUUUCGUUCUAUAUUCCGGACCAUCUGCAGACGGCUCGAACGGCCUGCGUUGCCACGGGUAUCUAUCUGUACAUGAUCGUGUACUCGCCCGGUGAGGGCCCGGUGCCUUUCACGUACUCUGCAGAGGCCUUCCCCCUGUACGUCCGUGAUGUGGGUAUGUCCUUCGCUACUGCUACCACCUGGGGUUUCAACUUCAUCGUCUCCUUGACAUGGCUCCCUCUACGAGACGCCUUCACCCCGCAAGGUGCUUUCGGAUGGUACGCGGCGUGGAACAUCUUCGGCUGGGUAUUCUGCUACUUCUGCCUGCCUGAGACCAAGGCGCUGUCCCUGGAAGAACUGGACCAAGUCUUUUCCGUCCCGACCCGCAAGCACGCCAAACAUUACUGGGAAAUGUUGCCGUGGUAUUUCAAGAAGUAUAUUCUGCGGGGCGACGUGCCGGCGCAGAAGCAGCUCUACGAUUAUGAGUAGACUGUUGAGUGCGAUAGAUACUGGGGUACGUGCUGAUGAAGGUCGUAUUCUGUGGUGUUUAAUGUGUUGUGAUGGGUCUGUAUGAAGUAAUGUGCUUUUCCUUUCUGUCUU